AUGAUCUCGAUUCGUGGUGGCCGCAACAGCCUCUCGGAAUAUGCUCUUGCUGGCUUGGAACUCAAAGGCUGGGUGACCCUACUAGCACUUUUACUCCCCCUACUGUCCCUUGUCGCUCUUAGCAAGUACCAUAAGAUGCAAUACCAAAGCAAGAAGCCGUUCCCAUUCCUUGAGUUACCACAAGAACUUAGAGAUAUGGUGUAUGAGCACUUUCUCGAUGAUCCUGCAUACCCGCCACCAGCGCACAACGAACUCCAGCGCUCAACAUUGGAUUGGAUGAGACCGGCACGCUGGUCAUCUGCAUCCACGUCUCCAGGAACGCGACAAGAGAGUAAAACCAUCUUUCUAGCAAACAAGCAAGUCUACGGAGAAUACAUGGACAUGAUCUGCAAGCGCAAGACCUUCCACCUCAGCGUCACCCUACAGACGUACAGGCCAGCUACCGCCUCUCCAUCAUCAUCUCCAUUUUCCCCGACAAACUACACCCCAGUAUGGGAGAUUUCGCCCACUACACUGUCCAAAGUUCAGAACUGCUCUCUCAAACUCGUCACCACAUCUUCCAUGCUCGGCGUCACUGACCCCCGCUCCAUGACUUCCUCAUCCUGGACCCUCGGCCGCCGCAUGCGCGAACAACUCAAACACAUGUCCUCUGUCCAAACCUUCACUCUCGACGCCAAGGCCCUCGGUGAUCCCCUCUGGAACCCACUCUGGAUCUGGUACCACGCUUCACAGUCCCUCAAGCUACUGGGCACGGAUUUCUCGGACACGGUACCACGAGGCCCGCAGCUCACGCAGAUUACGUUUAGUUUAGACACUUGGAGUCCUGGAGAGAACUACCUGAAGAGGAAUGAGAAUUAUGGGGGACAAUGGAUGUGGUAUUGUGCGAAGGAUCAUCUUGUGGGUGCUGACGUGGGAGCCGAGAUGACUGUUAGAGAGUUUUGCGGAAAGUUAUAUCAAGAGUGCAGUAUCUGUAGAGUAGAUGACGAGGAGGAUGGAACUGUGAUUUGAAGACGGCUUAUCGACAAGCCGAUCUUGGGGUUGAAACAUAUCGCGGAGCCGGUCCUCGAGAAGUCUGGUGGGAAAGCAGGCUUGUCUCUUGUACUAUUAUUUCUAUCUUUUGUUUGUGGCAGCCUUUUUUGCGUAUGAGAUGCGCUCGAUUCCAUUCCUAAUAUCAUCUUCUUGUCGAUCUAGUGAGAGACCCUCCCUUUCUUAUUUCUUUUCCUCCAGCAUUUCCUUCGCAGGUAUUGUCGCAAACCGGCUCAUGACCUCCAUGUUCUUCUCCUUGCUCAUCUUGUCAUCUGUCUUACUUAUCUCAGCCAGG